GUGAGUUUUAGUUGGAGGUUCAACAGGAGAAGCAGCUGCUCUGAACUUUCUGCUCUCCUCUGAGGAAACUGAGGAAAACCUUCAGGAUGGCUGAGAGACGGACGCCGGCCAAUCCUGCAGCGGCGCCGGACUUCUUGGAGUUUAACGACCUGGCCUGCGAGUCGGUGGGAGGGAAGGUUAUUUUUGCCACAGAUGAAUGGUUCGCUCCGGCUAAGAACCUGCUGAAGCGGGAGCCUCCGCAGUUCAUCCCCUCGGCCUUCACAGAGUAUGGAAAGUGGAUGGACGGAUGGGAGACGAGGAGGAAGAGGACCCCUGGUCAUGACUGGUGCAUCGUCCAGCUGGGAGUUCCUGGUCUGAUCUGUGGGCUGGAUGUGGACACGUCUUUCUUCACUGGGAACCAGUCGCCGUGGGUCUCCGUCCAGGCCUCCUGCCUCGAUGAGCUGCCCCGGUUCACCGCCGGGGAAGAUCGGACCGGCAUGGCCGCCACCGGAGCCGAGAUGGCUGCUGUUGCCCAGCUGAGCUCGGAGUUUUGGCCGGAGCUGCUGGGCGUGUCGGCGCUGCGGCCCGGAUACGCUGACAGCUGUCACAACCUCUUCCGGGUCAGAACCAAGACGAGAGUCACACACCUGCGGCUCAACAUGCAUCCAGAUGGAGGAAUCGCCAGACUCAGGGUCUUCGGUAUCGGACUCAGGGAUUGGUCUUCAGUCCCGACCAAUCAGGACGUGGACCUCGUCGCGCUGACCAAUGGGGGCGUCUGCCUGGGCUACAGCGACGCCCACUUUGGACAUCCGCGCAACAUGAUUGGACUUGGUCGAGCCGCCAACAUGGCGGACGGAUGGGAAACGGCCCGCAGACUGGACCGGCCCAAAACGCUGAAGGCAGACGGCCGGGGAAUCCUCCAGGUGCCAGGCUGGGAGUGGGCCGUGUUUCGCCUCGGUCAUCCCGGCCUGAUCGGCAGCGUCGAGGUGGACACCAACCACUUCAAAGGUAAUUUCCCAGACUCCUGUCGGAUCGAGGCGUGUCUGUUAACCCCUGAAGAGGAGGCGCGGUGCAUCCAAACCAGAUGGAACUCUGGGAAAUGGGAAGUUCUUCUUCCACCUCAGAAGCUCCGUCCUCAUCACAGGCAUCACUACAGCGAAGCGGAUCUGACGCCGACUCGACCCGUCAGCCAUGUUCGGCUCAUCAUCGCUCCUGAUGGAGGCGUCAGCCGCCUCCGUCUGUGGGGUCGGCCCGCGUUGGUCACCGGCGCUCCAGCCAAUCAGAGCAGGCCGUCAUCCAAACUGUGACCUGCUGCAACAUCACUGACCUCAGCAUGAGGGAGAGCAGAGGCUCUUAUAAUGGAGACAUCAUGAUCAUCUAAAUGGAAAAGUUUCAAUCAAAGAAAAGUCAACUAGUGUAACAAACCCACAGAAAACUUUCUGUAGGUUUGUUAGAAAAGCAAAUGUUUAUCUCUGUGGUCUGUCUGUCCCCUGAUAACGAGGACAUGUGGACACAGAUGCUCUGCGUCUCUUGGAGACGUUUUUAGACAGAGUUGUUCUGUUCGGAUGUCUGGAUGUUGAAUUUGUGAUUUGGUUUUAUUUGGAUCCGGUUGGUCGACUUCCUGAAGGCCGAUUUUCAAACUGUUCAACUAUGACGUCAAAUUUCCUUUAAAUUGUUUUGAUACGAACAACAUUUUUAUCACAACUGAAGGUAACGUUGUUACUAGACUGUGCUAUGGAAAUAUAUGACACUGCCCCUUUAAGAGAGCCUGUUUUCUUCUAAUAAAACGUCGUCUUCAUUUC